CCCACCGAGUCAGCAACAGGCACCACUUCUCCUGCCUCCAUCAGGUACCACGACAUGGGACAAGCAGCGAGCACAUCACCUCCUGCCUUCCAGACAUAUCCAGGGGCACCUGCCUGGAAGGAGAAAACAGCCAUCAGCACCACAGCCACUGCUGCAGGGAACAGCACUGACACCACUGCCACCACUGCCACUACUGCAGGCAGCACCACUGUCACCACUGCCAUCACUGCCCCCACUGCAGGCAGCACCACUGCCCCUGCUGCAGGAAACAGCACUGCCAUCACUGCCUCCACUGCAGGCAGCACCACUGCCUCCACUGCAGGCAGCACCACUGCCACCACUGCAGGGAACAGCACUGCCACCACUGCCACCACUGCAGACAGAACCACUGCCACCACUGCAGACAGAACCACUGCCACCACUGCUGGGAACAGUACUGCCACCACUGCAGGCAGCACCAUGGCCAUCACUGGAGGGUACAUCACUGCCACCACUGCAGGCAGCACCACUGCCACCACUACCACCAUUGCAGACAGCACCACUGCCACCACUGCAGACAGCACCACUGCCACCACUGCAGGCAGCACCACUGCCACUGCCACAGAGAACAUCACUGCCACCACUGCCAUCACUGCAGGGAACACCACUGCCACCACUGUAGGAGGCGCCACGGCAGGAGGCGCCAUGGCAGGAGGCACCACGGCUAUUGCAUCCACAGCCUCCGUGAGCCCAGACAAGGAGGCGGGAAGUCUCCCAGGUACCAUGGCACCAGUGACACAACAAGCCACCACCAGCCCUGCUACCACCCUGUCUCAUGCCUUUGGGACACAGAGAGGACCAUCCACUGAACUGAGCACAGCUGCCCACACCACCACUGGGCACAGAACUCCUGCACCUGAGCCCCAACCCACCCAUGAGCUUAUCAAGCCAGCGACUUCACUCUACCCCUUUGGCGUGGAAGGAGGGGAUCAAGAGUACGUCCGGAGGAUGGUGGAUUUUAACUCACCCCUGUUCAAGCCAGAAAUUGGAUUUCCCUUUGGGAAGUCACUGCGAGAUGCUCUCUACUUUACAGAUAACGGACAGAUCAUUUUUCCACCCACGGACAACCAUGUCCCAUCCAACCCCAACCCCCCUCCCCGGGGCUUCACUGGCCGGGAGAGCUUGCCCAUGGUGGCUGCCUUUUGGGACGAUGCAGACUUUUCCAAGGGUGUUGGCACCACUUGGUACCAGGAGUACUCUACACUCAGCUCUACCCAAGACCCUGUUGUCCAAGAUGUGGAAGCAAAGAUUGAGAAAUACCUAAAAAUCCCCUAUGUGGCAAAAUGGACCUUGAAGGUCACGUGGGAGAAAGCUCCAGCGUACCCAUCCCGGAGGGAUGACAUUCAGACGAGCACCUACCAGGCAGUGCUCAGCACCGACGGGAACCGCUCCUUCGCCCUGCUGCUCUACCAGGACGGGGGGAUGCGCUGGGACUACAGCAGGCUGGCUGCACCCAACGUGCUGAUUGGCUUCUCCAGUGGCAAUGGCUAUGCCCAAAACAACGAGCUGACUCAGAAGCCACCAGCUGUCAAAUACCGACCAGACCAGCACAGCAGCACCGGCUCCGAUGUGCGUGGGCUGUGGAUUUACAGACUGGACAGUCGCUCCCGGGUGAAUUACAGGCUGCAAUGCCUGGCGUGGCUGGACACGGAGCCAGCGCCGGCCACCUGGAACAGCCAGCUGCCACCAUGCCCCUGCUCCCGGCCCCAGGCAGAGCUGGAUCCCCGCUACCACUGGAGCAGAGGCCCAGCAGACACCUCCGUGAGGAUGCUCCGCACUGCGUCCCCCAGCCCAGCUGGAGCUGGAGUACGAUGUCUGUACCAAGGUGGGAGCCUGCUCGAAGGCUGGCAGGAGAGAGCAUGGAGCCCCCCCUUCCAUGCUGUCACAGACACAGAGUUGGAAGCGUUCAACUGGUGCUGCCGGCGUGUGGGGAAGCCCCUGUUCUGUGCCAGGUUUGCUGAGAAGAGACCAAGGGUUGACUGUGAAGGAUAUGUGCCACCCACCCCUGCUGGUGCCUUCGGGGACCCUCACAUCACCACCCUGGAUGGACUCACCUACACCUUCAAUGGGCUUGGGGACUUUGUCCUGCUGCUGGCCAGUGAUGCCCAGAGCAGCUUCAUUUUGCACGGGCGCACAGCACAGACUGGCAUGGCCCAGGCCACCAACUUUGUGGCCUUUGCUGCCCAAUAUAUCUCCAACACCACCACAACAGUUGAGUGGACCUUGGGGAGCCAGGAUGACAUCCAAGUCCUCCUGAACAACGAAACCAUCCGGUUUUCCUAUUCCCAAGGCCUGGGUGACGAGGUGUACUACAGCCCUGGUAUCCUGCUGGUCAACGCCUCCUCUGUCACGGCCGUCUUUGAUGGGACUGUGGCUGUCUCUGUCUCGGCCACCUCUGGGAUCCUCAGCGUGGUCUGCAGCCUGCCCAGCUGGUACCACAACAGCACCAGCGGCCUCCUGGGUGUGUGGGACCAUGACCCUGCAGAUGACUUCCAGAUGCCAAAUGGUACUAGCAUCCCUGUGAACAGCAGUGAGGAGGAGAUCUACAGCUAUGGGAUGACCUGGGCUGUUGGGGAGCACAGCCUGUUCACUCAGCCUCUGGACUCACCAGCACUGAACUUCACACCCUUCUUCUUGUCUCGGCUGCGGCAGGAGAAUGAAAGCCAGUACGAGCUGGUGGCCUCUCAGUGUCACGGCAGCAAGGAGUGCAUCUAUGAUUCACUGAGCACAGGGAACUUGGCCCUGGGCUUGGCCACCCAGAGCCUUGCAGCCGACUUCCAGCAGAGGAAGACAGCACUCAAUGCCUUCCCUCCCAUCAUCACCGGUGACGCAUCAAUCACGGCCUUCAGGACAGAGAAGGUCACAAGGCAGUACCAUGCCUUGGGGGCGGGUGCACGCUUCAUUCCCCAUCUUUCACCACAGCUCAACAUAUCAGAGAACGGCACCCUCAUAUGGGAGCCCCGUGGGAUAGCCCCAUUCACCAUCAACCUGGAGGCUGUUGGCUCCAACAACAUCUCUGCACUCCUCCGGCUCCGCUUCAUCCUUUGCAGAUGUAGCAGGAGCCAGGACUGUGACUACAGCAACACUGUCACUCUCGGGGAGUCUUCCCUGCAGCUGGCAGCCUGCAGAUGCGAGAGUGGCUACUCAGGUGCCCUCUGCCAGAACCCUCCGGACCCCUGCUUCCAGGGAUGCUUCCCUGGUGUGGGAUGUGACCCUUUCAGUGGUUGUGGCCCCUGCCCAGCUGGCCUGACGGGGGAUGGAGAGCACUGCUCAGAUAUUGAUGAGUGCACGCAGGGGACGGAGUGCCCGGGGAACAGCACCUGCACCAACACUGUGGGCAGCUACAUCUGCUCCUGCCUGGCCAGUGAGCAGGGUGAGAGGCCAGGCUGUGGCUCAGACUGCAGCUACCACUCCUGCCCUGAGGGCUACUGCAGCAACGGGGGACACUGCCACCUUCACCCCAUCACUUGUGCCCCCACCUGCUCCUGCCCCCCAGCUUUCACCGACCAGCGCUGCCUGGUGGCAGGGGGGGAUUUUCAGCCACUGCCCAGCUCAGGUCUCCCUCGGAGAAGCAUCCAGAUGAGGAUCAAGACACUGCAAAAUGCCACUGCUGAGGAAGUCAACAGCACUGUCUCAGCCAUCCUGGACUCCCUGGAGGUAAAGGCUUUCCAGAGCAACACCAACAUCACCCAGAUGACAGACAGCGAUGGCUUCACUUUCGUGGUGGUGUCCGAGUUUGCCUAUGACAGCCGCGGGACCGUCAUCCGCUUCCUGAACGAGGAGCUGCCUGCAGCCAUCACCGGCGCCUUCAACGGGCGGCGGCGGCGGCGGGGGGCGGGCACGGGGCUGCUCUUCCAGCGCCUGCACCGGGACAACAUCACUGACCUGGUGAAGCUGACAGUGGAUGAGCUGAGGGACUAUUUCCCCUGCUCUCUGUAUGGCUACAAAGGCUACCAGCUCCACUACAUGGGGACCAUUGGCUUCAUCUGCAUCUCCCCCUGCAAGAUGGGCUAUUGCCAGCACGGUGGCCAAUGUCAGCACCUGCCCGAGGGGCCCACGUGCAGCUGCCUGCCCUUCUCCAUCUACUCUCCGGCCGGCCUCCGGUGUGAGUGGCUGGCCAUCAGCCUGGCUGCCUUCCUCGGCAUCCUGCUGGGAGCCCUGGCUCUGCUCUGCCUCCUGUUUGCCAUCGCCUGCCUGGCCCUGCGCCUCUGCCGCCGGCACCACCACUUCAAUUCACAUGGGGCCAAGGAAACCUUGUGGAGGACAAGGCCCUUCUCCUCUUUAACGAUGGCAGGAGAGCAAGCAGAGCCCACCAUCUCCCACUCCCUGGAAAGGCAUUGGAAACUGCAGCUCCAGGCCAUUGACCCUUCAGUCCAGAUAAGGAUCCAGAGACCCCACGUUAUGCCUCCAAGCCAGUCCCCCCAGCAGCCCUAACCUGCCACCAGUCCUUUUCUGGCACCUCCAGGCUCACAGAGGAGCCAGACACUGCUGCCGGCUCCGCCGCUUGCUCUCGAGAUCUCCAGCAGCAGCAGCACAUGGAAGCAGGGGACAGGCAGCUGCCUUUUGGGUUCUGGGAGGAUUCUGAAGGAGGUGCUUUUUUGAAUGUGUGUUUAUCUUGAGUGACCAAAGCAGGAGCAUUUCACCUUCCCUGAGGACCUGCAGAGACACCUGGGAUCAUCCUUGAAUGUGUCUGCACCAGGGGUAUGUGCUACUGCAAUAUAACCAGACCCUGCAGAUCCCCUGAGAGCAGGGUCAGGUGGGGCAAUGCAGUGAUUGUAAUCCCUUAGGAACCAAAUAGAAUAAACCAAAAAUGUUGGCUUGCUGUUAAAUUAUCUGCACCUCAA